AUGUUUGGAGGAGGAGGAAGCAGGAGGUCUCUCGAGCUCAAAAAGGUCUCCUGUGAGCUCGUGCUGUCUCCUGAGCUCUUGCUGUUUCCCGAGCUCAUGCUGUCUCUCGAGCUCGAGCUGUCUCUCAAACUCGUGCUGUCUCUCAAGCUCGUUGUGUCUCUCAAGCUCGUUGUGUCUCUCAAGCUCGUUGUGUCUCUCAAGCUCGUUGUGUCUCUCAAGCUCGAGCUGUCUCUCAAACUCUCGCUGUCUCUCACGCUCGUGCUGUCUCUCAAGCUCGUGCUGUCUCUCAAGCUCGUGCUGUCUCUCAAGCUCGUGCUGUCUCUCAAGCUCGAGCUGUCUCUCAAGCUCGUGCUGUCUCUCAAGCUCGUGCUGUCUCUCAAGCUCGUGCUGUCUCUCAAGCUCGAGCUGUCUUUCAAACUCGUGCUGUCUCUCAAGCUCUUGUUGUCUCUCAAGUUCGAGCUGUCUCUCAAGCUUGAGCUGUCUCUCACGCUCAUGCUGUCUCUCACGCUCAUGCUGUCUCUCAAGCUCAUGCUGUCUCUCAAGCUCAUGCUGUCUCUCAAGCUCAUGCUGUCUCUCAAGCUCAUGCUGUCUCUCAAUCUCUUGCUGUCUCUCAAUCUCUUGCUGUCUCUCAAGCUCUUGCUGUCUCUCAAGCUCUUGCUGUCUCUCAAGCUCUUGCUGUCUCUCACAUUCUUGCCGUCUCUCAAGCUCUCGCUGUCUCUCGCGCUCGUGCUGUCUCUCAAGCUCUUGCUGUCUCUCAAGCUCGUGCUGUCUCUCAAGCUCGUGCUGUCUCUCAAGCUCGUGCUGUCUCUCAAGCUCGAGCUGUCUUUCAAACUCGUGCUGUCUCUCAAGCUCUUGUUGUCUCUCAAGUUCGAGCUGUCUCUCAAGCUUGAGCUGUCUCUCACGCUCAUGCUGUCUCUCACGCUCAUGCUGUCUCUCAAGCUCAUGCUGUCUCUCAAGCUCAUGCUGUCUCUCAAGCUCAUGCUGUCUCUCAAUCUCUUGCUGUCUCUCAAUCUCUUGCUGUCUCUCAAGCUCUUGCUGUCUCUCAAGCUCUUGCUGUCUCUCAAGCUCUUGCUGUCUCUCACGCUCGUGCUGUCUCUCAAACUCUUGCUGUCUCUCAAGCUCUUGCUGUCUCUCAAGCUCGUGCUGUCUCUCGGGCUCGUGCUGUCUCUCGGGCUCGUGCUGUCUCUCGGGCUCGUGCUGUCUCGCAAGCUCUCGCUGUCUCUCAAGCUCGUGCUGUCUCUCAAGCUCGUGCUGUCUCUCAAGCUCGUGCUGUCUCUCAAGCUCGUGCUGUCUCUCAAGCUCGUGCUGUCUCUCAAGCUCGUGCUGUCUCUCAUCAAGCUCGUGCUGUCUCUCAAGCUCAUGCUGUCUCUCAAGCUCUUGCUGUCUCUCAAGCUCGUGCUGUCUCUCAAGCUCGUGCUGUCUCUCAGGCUCAUGCUGUCUCUCAAGCUACUGCUGUCUCUCAAGCUCUUGCUGUCUCUCAAGCUCUUGCUGUCUCUCGAGGUCGAGCUGUCUCUCAAGCUCUUGCUGUCUCUCGAGGUCGAGCUGUCUCUCAAGCUCUUGCUGUCUCUCGAGGUCGAGCUGUCUCUCAAGCUCUUGCUGUCUCUCGAGGUCGAGCUGUCUCUCAAGCUCUUGCUGUCUCUCAAGCUCUUGCUGUCUCUCGAGGUCGAGCUGUCUCUCAAGCUCUUGCUGUCUCUCGAGGUCGAGCUGUCUCUCAAGCUCUUGCUGUCUCUCGAGGUCGAGCUGUCUCUCAAGCUCUUGCUGUCUCUCGAGGUCGAGCUGUCUCUCAAGCUCUUGCUGUCUCUCGAGGUCGAGCUGUCUCUCAAGCUCUUGCUGUCUCUCGAGGUCGAGCUGUCUCUCAAGCUCUUGCUGUCUCUCGAGGUCGAGCUGUCUUUCAACCUUUUGCUGUCUCUCAAGCUCUUGCUGUCUCUCGAGGUCGAGCUGUGUCUCAAGCUCUUGCUGUCUCUCGAGGUCGAGCUGUCUUUCAACCUUUUGCUGUCUCUCAAGCUCUUGCUGUCUCUCGAGGUCGAGCUGUCUCUCAAGCUCUUGCUGUCUCUCGAGGUCGAGCUGUCUCUCAAGCUCUUGCUGUCUCUCGAGGUCGAGCUGUCUCUCAAGCUCUUGCUGUCUCUCAAGCUCUUGCUGUCUCUCGAGCUCUUGCUUUCUCUCGAGCUCGAGCUGUCUCUCGAGCUCGAGGUUGUGCUCGCUCUCCAGAUCGAGGUCACUCUCGAGUCCUCUCAAACUAUCUCUAUAUCUUGGGCACCCUGUCGAGCUCUCUUGAGAAAUUUCUCUUGAGCGCUGCAUUGAACACAUUCUCUCUUGAGCAUGAGCACUCCAUUGAGCUCUCUCUUGAGCUUUCUCUCUCUCUCUCUUUGUUAUUAUCUUUUUCUGGUCCUCUUGUAUCGCUUUCUCUUCCAUUUCUCUCUUCUCUCCACAG